UUCACAAUAUUAACGAAUAUUUUCUGAGCCAUAUUCGUUUUAUAUUUUGUUCUUGAUUUAGUGUGCUUGUUAAUUCUUCCAGAUUUACAUCUAUGACGUGAGCUGAUAUUGUAUUGUGGUCUAAUGUCAGACGCACGACCAUAAAAAGAAUUUUUUUUUUUUUUGUCUUUGAUUAGCAUACAAUUUUGAAAUUUCUUAAAGACUUUUAAUUAGCUAAUACAGUCAGACUAAUCUGAUGUCUUGGCAAGUAACUGAAAAUGCUUUAUUUUCUAAAUUUCGUAUUAAAAUAUGCGUAGAGGUUAGACACUAAUCCACUUUGAUGUAAAUUAUAUUGGCCAAAGAUAUUAGUUUUUGAAGGGGUUUGGAAUUGGAUGGCCCGAAUAUUUUACUUUCCUCGUUAAGUUACAAGGAUUUGUUUUUGCGCAUCUUAAGAGAUUGUUUAAUUAUCCAGUGGUAUGUUUUUGAAUUGUUAUUGCGCAUCUUAAGAGAUUGUUUAAUAAUCCAAUUGUGUGUUUUUGAAUUGUUGGUCCAAAACUAUGAGAUUGGUUUUGCGGGAAGAUCUCAAAAGGUGUUGUCGUUAACAAGAUCUCGGAUCCAUGUCAGAAAAAGUCAAUUUCUUGAUGACGAAAUCAAGAAGACUUUACUUUGAUUGCAUGUGACGGAACUUAUAACUAUACAAAACGAUAAAAUGUAAAUUAUGCAAAAUAUCUAAAUUUUGAGGUGUAUAAUCUGGUGGGGUGGCCUUAGGCUCCAAAUGGUAACUGCGGUUUGAGCGAUGCGGAACAAACGGUUUAACUGCGGUACAGUUUUAACAGUUAUAAAAAUAUAUAGAUAUAUGGUAUAUGUAGAAAUUUUUGUUAGUGUUAACUGCGGUGCAGAACAUGACGGUUCGUAACAUUCGAAGCCUUAGUCUAUAGGUCUACCAAACCAAUGUACUCUAAACGUUAAAAAAAAAGUAUAAAGGUUUUAUACCUAACCAAGACGUGCAGAGACUAAGAGAUUUUUUUUUACAAUUAUUUGUGGUGGGAGUUAAUGAUUCGGCCACCUUAUGAUAAUUCGUCGCUUAACGAGUCUGGACUCUUUUUGUAUCAUUAUAUAAAUGUCCGAGAUCUUAAUCUUUUUUUAUACGUAUCAUUACCCUAUGAAAAGAGAUUCUAUUCGUCCGGACAACAAUUUAAAACUAUGCAACCGGAAUCUUCUUUCGUAUUUGCAAUGUUUUCUUUUCUUUUGGUUCCCCCACAAAAGAGUAACUAGAGUAAUAUUUAAACACAAGUAAUAUGUUACAAAAAAAAAUCACACAAGUAAUAAAAAUUAUGUUGUGGUAAAACACUUAGUACCAUUGACAAAAAGGAAGAAAAUAAUUUGAUAUUGAAAUUAGAUGUGAGUAAUAUAUGUGGAGUGAACCUAAUUGGGAGUAUGUGAACAAAGCCCCAAGUGGAGGAAAGCUAAGUCUAGUUUUGCAUGUUAGCUUACUUUAUCUGUGUGUAUUAGACAGAAAGUAUAAACACUUGAGCGUAAAUAGAUAUAUCUCUUCCAAUAUAAUUAGCGCUUAUGUAUUCCUAAUUAGAGUCGUAUACUCGUAUAUAUUGAAUAGUCAAGGCAAAAGAACUAUUAUAUCACCAUGACAUUUUGUUAAUAAACUUAUUUAGGAUUUUUAUGAAAUGGCUCAGUAGAUUUGGCUAAACCAAUGAACAUCGUGCGUUUUAUCAGUUCAAACUUUCUCUCGGAUAAAAUAUAAGAAUACAAAAUAUACUCUUCGUUUUGAAAUAUAAAUGUUUUAAGAGAAUUUAUAAUGUUUCAAUAUUUAACAUGUUUUAUCUUUAGGUGAUUUUUAAUUUUAUCAAAAAUAUGUAACUAGUGAAUUUAUUCUCUAAUUUAUAAUCCAUUUUAUAAAUAAUUGAAUAAUUUUAAUAUAUAUGUUAAUAAUAUUGUAUGAAAAAUAUAUAUAUUUAAAAAUAAUUGCAUAUAUGUCUGAAAAAAUAGGGAAUAUUAAUCAAGAGUGUUGGCUAACAAAAAGUUAGUAGCAUCUACAUAUUCACGAUGCAAAAACGGUACUGGUUAGACAAUAUAUACUCUCCACUAACACAUAUAUUAGAAAACUUUUGUUUUACUCAACUAUUCUAUAUUGUCAAUUUGAUUAAAAAGUUCUAUUAUAACCAAGUUGAAGGAAGAGCCUACUUUUGUUAUAAAACUGCAUAAUAAUAGCGUUUUAGAAUCUUUGAUUCUCUAGCUAUAGUUAUAAAAUUAAAAGAUAUAUAUCAACAUGUAGCAAACUGAUCUAUUUCGAUGGACAAUUAUAAACGUAGAUAGUUGUUAACUUCCCCAUUUAGCAACAAGGGUCUGAAAAUGGCAAUUGAUUCGCUUUAGUCUUCACCACAAUGAAAUGUUAGAAGAAUCAUUCUCCAAAUAUAUAACUUUUAAACAAAUUGGCGAUAUUAAAUAUGGCAUAUUUUAAAGACACGAUCAGCCAUUAUAGUUGAAUUUUUCAAAAUUUUGUGGAAUCUUCUUCUACCACUGAUUUAACUAACAUAUAGAUAAACAAGCAGUGUAUUUCAACAUUGUUUAUUUCACUAAAUAAAAGAUAUUUCAGCAUUGUUGUCAAAUCAAGUGAACAGAUAUUCCAGAUAAAAUUCUAUUUUCUUUUUUAAUAUCAAAUGAUUAUUGGUGAGAUUCUCUGAUUCUCUCUACGUGACGUUUGCUAAAUCAACAUAAAUAAAUAUUCACUGCACAGGUCAUGCUAUUGCUCUUUUGUUUAUUUAUUCCCUACUCUCGCUCUCUCUCUCUCUACAAAGUAGUAGAAUCUCCUCUGCCUAAUCUCCUCGAGUUGGGAUAUAAAGAAAAAUCUACAGAGUGAAAUGUUCUUUAAAUGAAACCAAAACAAAUUUCUCAAUAAGAUUCACAAAUAUUCAUAUUUUCAUUUUAAUCUUUUUUGUUCAUUUUCUUCUUCAUCAUCAGAGACAUAAUCCAUCAGACAUCUUUACAUACAGCUUUCUUUUCUUUUAGUUUGAGAUUUCUGUUCCUUAUAUCUCAGACAACAAGUUGUAAGAGACUUCAGUUUGUAAGCCCAGAGGAAGGAUUCUUCGAGAAUAUUAUAUAUCCUAUGAUGCUUCAUUGAUAACCAACAAAGCAAAUUAGAUAUCUAUGGAAGAUAGUCUUGUCCAAACUGAGAACGCUAUUAUGGACACUGAGUUCAUGGAUGGAUUGCUACUGGAUGGUUGCUGGUUAGAGACAACAGAUGGAUCUGAGUUUCUUAACUUAACUUCUUCUGAUCAAUCUUCCUUCAUGUGGCCUCCAACUCAAGAUACAUCAUCUAUCUGCACAUCAGAAGUAGUAUCUCAGACGUACGGCCAGGAUUGCGCAAGUCUUGAUGAGUUUCCGUGGAACAAACGGUGGUGGAUUGGACCAGGUGGUGGUGGCUCUUCUAUUACAGAGAGACUGGUCCAAGCAGUUGAACACAUUAGAGAUUACACGACAGAGAGAGGCUCACUAAUACAGUUAUGGGUUCCGGUUAACAGAGGUGGUAAGCGAGUUUUGACCACAAGAGAACAACCUUAUAGCCACGAUCCUACAUGUCAGAGACUAGCAAGCUAUAGAGAGGUCUCUGUGAACUAUCACUUCUCCGCUGAAAAAGAUGAUUCCAAGGCCUUAGCUGGUUUGCCUGGAAGGGUUUUCUUGGGGAAGCUUCCUGAAUGGACUCCUGAUGUUAGGUUUCUCAGGAGCGAGGAGUAUCCGAGAGUCCAUCACGCUCAGGACUGUGAUGUCCGUGGAACGCUGGCCAUUCCGGUGUUUGAGCAAGGGAGUAAGGUUUGUUUGGGUGUUAUUGAGGUUGUAAUGACUACAGAGAUGGUUAAACUAGCACCUGAGCUUGAAAGCAUCUGCAGAGCACUUCAGGCAGUUGAUCUUAGGAGCACUGAAGUUCAGAUUCCACUUUCUCUAAAGGGAUGUAACUUGUCCUACAAAGCUGCAUUACCAGAAAUCAGAAACCUCUUGAGAUGUGCUUGUGAGACACAUAAACUCCCUCUAGCUCAGACAUGGGUCUCUUGUCUCCAUCAAAGCAAAAGCGGGUGCCGUCACAACGAUGAGAACUACAUCCACUGCGUGUCAACCAUUGAUGAUGCAUGCUAUCUUGGUGAUCCAACUGUCCGGGAGUUCCAUGAAGCCUGCUCUGAGCAUCACCUUUUGAAAGGACAAGGAGUUGCAGGACAAGCCUUCUUGACCAAUGGACCUUGCUUCUCACCUGAUGUCUCUAACUACAAGAAGUCUGACUACCCUCUCUCUCACCAUGCUAAUAUGUUUGGUCUGCAUGGCUCGGUUGCAAUACGCCUACGCUGCAUUCACACUGGCUCUGUUGAUUUCGUCUUGGAGUUCUUUUUGCCUAAAGACUGUGGUGAUGUAGAGGAGCAGAGGAAAAUGUUGAACGCUCUUUCGACUAUUAUGGCUCAUGUGCCUAGAAGCUUAAGGAUCGUUACAGAUAAGGAGCUAGAAGAUGAGAGUGAAGUGAUAGUGACGCCAAAGAUAGAGAUCACAUCUGAACAUACCAAAGAUUGGUUACACCAAAGUAAUAAUCCAGAGAAUCUUGGAUUAAUAUUUGACGUGGGAGGCAAGGCAAGUGAUGAGUUUGGUUUGAAAAGAGGUUUUGGUUACACCAGAGACUCUAAUAUCAAUGAGAGCAGCACUUUCUCUAGUAAGAUGGCUGAGACAAAGCGUACAAAAGCUGACAAGACGAUCACAUUGGAUGUUCUUCGACAGCACUUCGCAGGGAGUCUGAAAGAUGCAGCCAAGAACAUCGGUGUUUGUCCAACGACGUUGAAGAGAAUAUGCAGGCAACAUGGUAUACAGAGAUGGCCUUCAAGAAAGAUCAAGAAAGUGGGACAUUCUCUUCAGAAGAUCCAACGAGUGAUUGAUUCUGUUGAAGGUGUUUCAGGUCUUCUUCCCAUUGGCUCCUUCUACGCAAACUUCCCUAACUUAGCCUCGUCACAGGAACCAUCCCUACAAGGCAAAACCUCUCUUCCUCCACAGCCAUUGCAGCUUUCAAAGCCACCUGUUUCCCCAUACAGUCACAGUUCAAGCUCCAGCCAAUGUUGCUCCAGCGAAACCCAACUAAACAGCGACACAACAACAACAACUGAUGUAGGAGGAGGUGUAUUGACUCUUUCUAGUUUAGAAAACAUCCCUCAAAGUACCAACUUGUCAUUGUCAUCUCUAGAUAAUGACUUUCUGAGGAUUAAAGUUAGCUAUGGAGAAGAGAAGAUCAGGUUUCGGAUGGGGAACUCGCGCAGGUUAAGUGAUCUACUGUGGGAGAUAGGGAAGCGGUUUAGCAUAGAGGAUAUGAGCAGGUGUGAUCUAAAGUACUUAGAUGAAGACAAUGAAUGGGUUUUGUUGACUUGUGAUGAAGAUGUAGAAGAGUGUGUAAGUGUCUGCAGAACCACACGGAGUCAUACCAUUAAGCUUCUGCUUCAUGUUUCUUCUCAUUGUUACAAUUCAUGGCAAUGACCUUUUUUUUUUAUGUUUACAACUGUUCAUAACUGUCAUAUUCUUAUACAUUAUAGGAAAAAUAAGUAUAAGAUUUUUUUUU